AUGAUGACCUCCAUCAAGUCGAUGGUCUACGGCGAAGAGGUGGACGACAACACGAUCGCCAUGUUUGAUCAGUCUCCGUCGAAUCUGGUGGACGAGCGCAGCUCGAAGACCAGCUACCCUGUGAGCAGCGGGCGGCAGCUGCUGGAUUCGGGCGCGGAGCGGUCGCUGCCGACCACCAUGGUGAAGCACCAGCCGUCCAACGCGGUGCAGCACGAGCAGUUCAGCUCGUGGAUGGGCGAGUCGCUCUCGCGACAGGCAAACAAGCGGAUGCGCCGGCUCGUGGGCCAGAGCUGGCUGACGAAUCGGUUCGGCGACGCGUCGGUGGAGGAGGCGUUCUGCGAGUAUCUGCGGCACCACCAGCUCAAGUACAUCAAGCGCGUCCUCCUCCUCUUUGGCUUCCUCUUCGCCGCGCUCGCCAUCUACCAGCAGUCGCUCCUCAACUUUGAGAGCGACCAUCGCGGCGCGGGAGGCGUGCUCGAGGCGGGCGUCAAAGACACGGACGUGCACAUCUGGAGCUCCGUCUGCGCCGUCGCCGCGUGGGCCCUGCUCUGCACCGACGUAGGAGCGGCAAACUGGCUGCUGGCCGCCGUGUUCAAGGCGGCGCUGACUGACGCGGUGAGUGGGGAGGUGGCAGACGCGGGCGUGCUUCUUCUCUGCGAGAGGUUGCAGAAGUCGUACCUAGACUGCAUCCUGUCGUGCCUCGACUACGUCUGGGCGCUGGUUGACUGCAUCCUCGUCAUCCUCCUCUUCCUCCUCACCGAGUGCCACCUCUUCCGCACCCUGCCGGACGUGCUGCGCGAUGUCGCCUUGAUGCUGCUCUACGGCGCUCGGCGGAUCAACCGGUUCGAGCGCCAAAUCUUCCUCACGACCGUCGCGCUGCAGGGCGAAGGCGACGUCAAGCGCGACCUGAUCGCGGGCAAGCACACCGCCCUGCUCGCCCUGUUCUCCAACCCGACCGUGCCGCCAAAGCUGCGCAAGGCGCUGCGCCUCGAGCCGCUCCGCUUCGGGCAAGAGAUGCGAUUCCUCCUCCGCUCCGUGCCAAAGGCACCCCCCCUGUGCACUCGGCUCACGACCCCUCGGCCACACUCUCCUCUCACCGGACGCACUUGCCGUCUACCUCGCCCUGGAGCGCUCGCGUUCGAGAAGGCCAACGGCGCCAUCGACUCGUCCAACAUCGACCAGAAGAAUGCGCAGUUCGUCGCGAUGCUGCGCCAGGCGACCGCGGCGCGUAAGAGCGCCGCCGCCGCCCACCGGCCGGACGAGGAGCCGCCCGGACUCGAGUGCGUCUUCCUCAACUCUUGCGAGUCGGAGAAGCUCGGCCGGGCGAUCGUCGAGGGCCUUCCGCAGGACAUCGCCGCCGCUGCGCGCGCCAGCGACGCGUCCGCCGCCCGCGGCUUCGCUUUUGGGGACCCCGCCGAGUACCUGCACUCGGAGCCCAACCACCCGCACCUCACCAACCCCGACUUCCAAAACUGCCCCGGCUGCAACCCGCCCGUCCACGGCGCGCCGCCGCCCGCCCCCCGCUCGGCCGGCAGGCCCCGCGCCGUGCUGCUGCUCGUCCGCUCGGGCGGCGUCGUGCGCGAGUACGACGGCGACAUGGCGGACGAGUGGCUGAUGGAGAUGCGGCUCAAGCGGCGCGGCGCCGGCGGCGCCGAGCCCUCGCUGCAGAACUUGCUCUCCCGCGACGGCACGGCGCCGCCCCUCGUCACCUCGCGCCUCAUGUCGCACUUUCGCGGGGCGGGCGCGUGGCGCGCGCAGAUGGCGACGGGGGUGUGCGUCGCGCUGUCCCUGCUGACCACCGCCCUCGUGUUUGCCGAGUACACCUUCCCGAGCCUCCCGCCGAGCCCGCCCUCCCCUCCUCCGUGAGCGAGGAGGUUGUGCUCGGCAGAGGCGAGAGGGGAAACUAGAGCCUCCUCGUCGAGGUGUGGCGUGGCGGUGCCGGCCCCCGCCCCUCCUCUCUGGCAGCGAGCUUGUGAGACUCACCUCCUGUGUACUGUGAGAGCGCCCGCAUAGAAAAAAUAGUCAUACGC